AAACCAAGUUCAGCCCUUGUCGAGAAAUAUAAGCUCACACAAAAUUCUAUGCUUUUUCAAAUUCUUGAAGAAAGAAGCGGCUGGAUUUUAUGACAGUCGAUCUAGAAGAGUUAAAUUCUUCCAAAUGGGGAAAGGAGGAAGUUUCCACGAAGCCCGAUCUGCUUCUCCUCAAGUGCCAGAAGAUAACAAUUCUCACCUUCUGUCACCCUUUCAGAUGGGCCCUCUGUUCAAACUUUCCCACAGAGUUGUUUUGGCUCCUGUAACUCGGUGUCGCGCAAUAAACAGCAUUCCUCAACCCUCUCACGUGAAGUUCUAUUCUCAGAGGACCACCAGAGGAGGCCUUCUCAUCACAGAAGCUAACGCAGUCUCGCCCCAGGCAUUUGGGUUUCCUCAUUCCCCCGGUAUUUUCAGUGAGGAGCAAGUGAAGGCGUGGAAAAAGGUUGUGGACGCUGUUCAUGCAAAAGGCGGCAUCAUCUUCUGCCAGCUCUGGCACGUCGGCAGGGCAUCACACACAGUUUAUCAGCCCAAUGGGGAAGCACCCAUAUCGUCGACAGGCAAGGCAAUAUCAGAGGAAUGGAGUAUCUUGAUGCCCGGCGGCUCCAAGGCCGCGUACUCCUCCCCACGUGCGCUUUCUAUGUCUGAAAUAGCUGCUGUGGUUGAAGAGUUUCGUAAGGCGGCGAGGAAUGCCAUGUGUGCAGGCUUUGACGGCGUGGAAAUCCACGCAGCGCACGGUUACCUGAUCGACCAGUUCCUCAAGGACGGCGUAAACGAUAGAGUGGAUGACUAUGGUGGGUCACUUCACAAGAGAUGCCGCUUUGCCAUGGAGGUCGUGGAGGCGGUGGUGGGGGAGAUUGGAGCUGAGCGCACCGCCAUUAGAGUGUCGCCCAUCAUAGAUCACAUGGGCACUACUGAUUCCGAUCCCCUGGCUCUCACCUCUCACUUAAUUGGCCUCCUCAAUUCAUAUCCUCUUGCUUACCUCCACCUGACUGAGCCCCGGUUCACAAAAGAAGGCCUCAAAGACAAGGGGGCAGAGGGCGAAAUGACGGCUGCGGCAAUGUGGAAGAUUGUGAAGGAGGAAUACAGAGGAAGGGUUAUGAGGAGCGGCGGAUACAGCAGAGAGACAGCCAUGGAAGCUGUGUCCAGUGGCAGUGCAGACAUGAUAUCCUUUGGUAGGCUUUUCAUUUCAAAUCCCGAUUUGCCCCACAGAUUCGCUAUUGAAGCCAAGCUCACCAAUUAUGACCGCUCUACUUUCUACACUCAUGACCAGGUCGUGGGUUACACUGAUUACCCCUUUUGCCUCCAUAAUUCCACUUCACCAAAUUCAGAGUCUGAUCAGCAUGUUGACUAUAGAGAAGAGGUUUAUCGCUAGAAAAUCUAGGUCAUGUAAUAUCUAGUGAGCGCAUCUGAGUUGAAUCGCUCGAAGAUUCGGGGCAUUGCGAAUCUCUUAGCAUACUUUAAUGUUUCUAAGGUCUGUAAUUUUAUGGAAUUGGGAGGUUAUUAGCAUUGUUC